CAUGAAUACUCUCGCAAUCGCCAUUCUUCUCGGAUGCGUCGCUGGCGCCCUCUGUAGCUACGGCCAUGCCGACGGCUACGGCUAUAACGACGGCUACGGCUUCCGUCACCCGGGCAGGGGCUACCACGAUGGACUCGCCUACGCUCCCUCCGACACCCGCCACGCCUACAGAACCCCCGCCUACGUUAGUGAUGUACGUCCAGCUUACGUGAAGCAUGUACGUCCCGCCUACACCCACGUACGUCCCGCCUACACCCACGUACGUCCCGCCUACACCCACGUACGUCCCGCCUACAAUGCCUACGAAACCCCCGCCUACGAGACCCACGCCGCCCCCGUCUACACUGCUCGUGCCGCCCCCGCCUAUGCUGCCCGCGCUGCCCCCGCCUACGUUGCCCGCGCCGCCCCCGUUUAUGCUGCCCACGCUGCCCCCGCCUACGCCGCAUACGAGUCACCAGCGUACGCUCAGGGCGGUUACCAACACGGAGCCCUUGACGCCGGUUUCCUUGGCAACUUCGGCGACCUCGGAGUCGGCAGCAUCGGUCUCAAGAACUUCGGCGGAGAAUUCGUCGACGUUGACGGAUUUAACUUCAACCAGGGCCGUGCCGACGCCGCCGCCGCCGCUCCCGCCGGAUCCGCGAUCCGAUCCCGUCCGGCCGUCAUCGGAGAGCGUCACCGAUCUGGAUCAGCGAGCCAAUACGAGGCCAGCGCGGCCGAGAGAAGCGGAUCCGGAUCGGGAGAGGCCGGCGUCGCUAUCAGUGCUGCCCGCAAGGCUGAGCAGAAUGCAGCCCAGCAGUUCACGCAAGAGGCAGUAGGAGCCGGAAGCGCCAAGGCUGGCGCCGCCUAUCGGUUCCACAAGGUACCACGCGUCGCCUACCAGCCCGUCGACAUCGCCCCGGCGAAGGUACACUACGGCAAGACCGUGCGUCAGCCAGCACACCCCCACGGUGCUCCUGCUGCUCCCGCCAUCCCAGUCGCCGCUCCCGCCUACGCCGACAAAGUUGCCUACGCUCCCGUCGACAAGGUUGCCUACGCCUAAUUCGAUCGACCGGCUGAUUUUUUAGUUGGCCACCGCUAUAGUCAAAGGCUGCGCAGACUCCACAUCGUGCGUGCGUUCGUGCGUGUGUGCGUGCGCGUGAGUGCGUGCGUGUGUGUGUGUGCGCACGCCCCUAUACGUAUCCGACAUGUACAUAUUGAUGUGAAUCGGAAAUUGAAAUUAGAGAUGAGAUAUGUGUGUUCGAUCGAGCUUGUCCCCCCCCCAUUCGCCCGCCUUACUACCGUAUAUGAAGGCAGCACGGCUCGCAGGCCGGUAUUCCCGUUCUCCCGCCAUUACAAGUCAUGGGACGACGACGCCAUAUUGGAAUUUUAGAAAUUUUGAUAAUUUUUUUGUAGUAUUUUUCGUAAGAAGGGAAGAACGACGUCGAAACGGGAACAUUUGUUUUAAUCUUUAAGAUUUCGAACCCAUGCACGUUGCCAUGGAGACGGACGCGAGUUUUCUCAGCCCUAGAAUUCGUGACCUUUGACCUGUACGUGUUAAGCAAUUGUGACAUUUAUAGGGCCGCCUUCUUUAUUUAUUUUAUUAUUUGGGUGAAUAAAUAAUUUGCACUGAA